UGCUAAGGGUUUAAUAUAUAUUUUUUUUAAAUUGUGAAUUCUGUGUUAAAAAUCCAAGAAAAUGCAACUCAACGAUCAUUGGCGCAAGAUUGUGAAAAUAUUUAUUUUUGCUUUUCUUUGCACGGAAAUGCAAACAACUUUUACCCAACGCGACUUGGCUGCUCAGCGUGGUAUUAGCCUGGCCGAAAUGGAGGCUAUCUCCAAUGACCAUGCCUUCGGGGAUACGAAAAUGAGCGCCCCCUAUCAGGCCUCCAUACGUCUAGCGGCCCAGGAGCGGCUCUACUUCGGCAAGGGCCACAUCUGCUCAGGUGCUUUGGUGGCGCCCUCCGUUGUCCUUACCGUUGGAAGUUGUAUUUUUAGUCAAAAUAAAAGAAACUACUAUCAUCCUUCGGAGCUUCGGGUAAUGCUGGGAAAUCCACAAAGAUUUGCUCCUAACGAGCAGGGACUAGUUGUCGGGGUCACCCACAUUUACCAGCCACCCCAAGACCUGGCCUUAGCUAUACUGAUGCUGGAGAAGGAUGUCCCACAGGAUCAUCCUCUUAUCCAGCCCGUGGGCCUGCCCUCGCCCGGCGAGACUUCUGUCCUGGACUCCUCGGAUGCUUCACAGUCCCUGCUUCAGAUAAGCACCUGGGGUUACGACUCUCAGAUCCGGGAACUCCAUGACCUGGUGACCCUGAAUGCCACACACACUGUCUGCCCGAAUACGGCGGGAUCGCCGAAGAGGAUCUGCGUCCAGACGGAGGCCACGGGAGGGGCUCCGUCCCUGUACAUGGAUGCCGGAGCCACUCUGACGGAGAGAGAUCGCCUGCUGGGACUGAGAAGCCUCGAUGGGGGCUUCGAGGAUGUGGCCAGCCAUGUGAACUGGAUUCUUGCCAACAUCGGAGAUGGCAGUAAUCAGAAUAGUUCCGUUUGGGGGGCACUGGGUUUUCUCGUGUUUACUGGCUAUGUCCUCAUGGUCAGCAGGAAGACUUUGUCCGCCUAAGAGAGGGGGGCUUUCAAGGGGGUUCUUGUGGGGUUUUAGCCAAGUAAGAUGCCUAAUUGUGAUAAUCUCAAGCCAAUUAGAAACAUUUGCCGAGAUUAGGUAGUUUUUAAGGUUUUUUUUUUUUAGAAAUUAUAAGAAAAGGUUAUAA